AUGGUGCUCCGUGGAAAUAGUAUAGCAACCAAGGCAACAGAAAUUUACCUACGGCUCGUUGGUGAAACUUACCUACCCAUCAUCUUGUCUGAUUUCGUACAUGCCGUGUCCGGAGGUACCCGUAAAGCCAGUGACCAGAUUGAACAGGUACCGGUGAAAACAGCCAAACAUUUACGUCACACCGCCACAGUGGUUCCUUCCGAAGUGUCCAACGUCGAUUGUGAGGUGGACACAGCUCGAGUGCAGAAUUCCGCCCUACUGGCCUCGAAUCAGGCCAAUUUACUGCGACUGGUGCAAAUGGUGUGGGAGAAAAUCAUAGCCAGCGAACCUCAUUUUCCAAAGUUAGUUCUCGUUGUAUUGUGA